AAACCUGAAUGCUUGUGUUUUUGUUUUGCAGGUAGGCGAUUGCGCCGUCUUUCUUUCAACAGGGCGUCCUCAUUUGCCUUACGUAGGAAGCAUUGAAAGUCUGUGGGAGGCAUGGGGAGGAAACAUGGUUGUCAAAGUAAAAUGGUUUUAUCAUCCGGAAGAGACCAAAGAUGGUAAAAACCACCUCAACCUGAAGGGUGCCCUUUUUCAGUCACCUCACAUUGACGAGAACGACGUUCAGACAAUAUCACACAAAUGUGAAGUCCUCUCCAUCAAUGAUUUUCGAUUACGCAAAUACGAUGCCAACAGAAUGGAAGACUACGAAGAUAUUUACUUCCUGGCUGGGUCAUAUGAUCCAAUGACCGGACGUGUCACUUAUGAAUCAGGAAUACCAGAAAUCAUAUGACCAAAUACAGCAUAACAGAGACACAGUCAUAACCUUUUAAAAGUUGUCUGUUAAUUCCAUGUAUAUAUAUAUAUAUAUAUAUAUAUAUAUGUAUAUAUAUACACACAUAUAUACAUACUCUCUCCACACUCAUGUAUGCAUACAUGUAUGUGUGUGUGUAUAUAUAUAUGUGUGUGUGUGUGUGUAUGUAUAUGUAUAUAUAUAUAUAUAUGACAAUGGAUUCUACAGACCAGUGAAAGAUGCAAAAACUAUAUUUACCAAUUAAAAUUUUCACAUAAAAACUAAUGACAACAUCAAAUAGAAAAAAAGAUUUUAUUAUAAUUAUAUGAGGACAUUUGAAAGAAAAGUGAUAAUUAAAACUAAACGAAUGAAAAUAAUUCACAGUUCAAAGACUAGUGCCAUACUAACAGAAGAAGUCUGAUGGUCUCUAUGUUCGGAAUUCUUCUGGAAACCUCAUCGAAGGAAUUUUUUACUGCUAUGGCUAUAACUGUUAUUUCAACAAUUAUCGUAACUAAUGAUAAUGAAACAACUGCUGAAGAAGUUGAUGGUGAAGUAUAUGGACAGGCUAAUAUAUACAUACAUACUUAUAUAGAGAUGUGUGUGUAUAUAUCUAUAUAUAAUGGAUGAUGAUGAUGAUCAAAUGGAAAUAGUUGGUUAUAAAAAAACAACACUGCCUCUUUUAAUCAUUACUCAUGGAUUCAUGAGAAUGUGCAGAACAAAUGAAAUAAUGUAUGUGUGUGUGUGUGUCUGCCUAUGUGUGUCUGUGCAUAUGCCCUGACCCC